AUGGUGCCGGGAUCACUCUGGGUGGGGGGAGAAAGUGGGGAGGGGAGGAGUCGGGGGCCAUCGCAUGAACCUCAUCCCCAUGGCAUACUCUACACUUCCAGGAGGCAACAUCAAAACCCACUUGUGGUCUUUUUAAUCUCCUUUGCGGCAUCUUCACAAGAAAACGAUAGCACACACGCACCAUCACACUUCCGCUCGGUUGCUAGGGCGUGUGUAACGUCCAAUAGCUUCCCCCAAGCCUCACACUGGAAGCUGUUGCGGGAUUGUGGGCAGUGCACACACCAAACUACUUCCAAGAUGUCUGACAUGGAGGAUGACUUUAUGUGCGAUGAUGAGGAAGACUAUGACUUGGAAUAUUCUGAAGACAGCAACUCUGAACCAAAUGUGGAUUUGGAAAAUCAGUACUACAAUUCCAAAGCAUUAAAGGAGGAUGAUCCUAAAGCAGCGCUUAGUAGCUUCCAGAAGGUAUUGGAACUGGAAGGCGAAAAGGGAGAAUGGGGAUUCAAAGCACUCAAGCAGAUGAUUAAAAUCAACUUUAAGCUGGGUAACUAUCCAGAAAUGAUGAACAGAUAUAAGCAGCUGCUAACGUACAUCCGGAGUGCAGUUACAAGAAAUUAUUCAGAAAAAUCAAUCAACUCCAUCCUUGAUUAUAUAUCCACUUCUAAACAGAUGGACUUGUUGCAAGAGUUUUAUGAAACUACCCUUGAAGCUUUAAAAGAUGCAAAAAAUGACCGAUUAUGGUUUAAGACAAACACAAAGCUUGGCAAGCUAUAUUUGGAAAGAGAAGAGUUUGGGAAAUUACAGAAAAUAUUACGCCAACUCCACCAGUCAUGCCAGACUGAUGAUGGUGAAGACGAUUUGAAGAAAGGGACACAACUUUUAGAAAUUUAUGCUCUGGAGAUCCAAAUGUAUACCGCACAAAAGAAUAAUAAGAAAUUAAAAGCACUAUAUGAGCAGUCCUUGCACAUCAAAUCUGCUAUUCCUCAUCCGCUUAUCAUGGGUGUCAUCAGAGAAUGUGGAGGUAAGAUGCACUUAAGAGAAGGAGAGUUUGAAAAGGCCCACACUGACUUCUUUGAAGCAUUCAAGAAUUAUGAUGAAUCAGGAAGCCCCAGACGUACAACUUGCCUGAAAUACUUGGUUUUGGCUAACAUGCUGAUGAAGUCAGGAAUUAAUCCCUUUGAUUCUCAGGAGGCCAAACCCUACAAAAAUGACCCAGAGAUUCUUGCAAUGACAAAUUUAGUAAGUGCCUAUCAAAAUAAUGACAUCACUGAAUUUGAGAAGAUUCUGAAAACCAACCACAGUAACAUCAUGGAUGACCCCUUUAUAAGAGAACACAUAGAAGAACUAUUGAGGAACAUCAGAACCCAAGUCUUGAUAAAAUUAAUAAAGCCUUACACUAGAAUACAUAUACCAUUUAUUUCAAAGGAGUUGAACAUAGAUGUAGCUGAUGUAGAGAGCUUGUUGGUGCAGUGCAUACUGGACAACACUAUUCAUGGGCGGAUUGACCAAGUCAACCAACUUCUUGAAUUAGAUCAUCAGAAGAGAGGCGGGGCCCGAUAUACUGCAUUAGAUAAAUGGACCAAUCAGCUUAAUACACUCAACCAAGCAGUUGUCAGCAAAUUGGCUUGAUGCAAUUUAAGCUUCUACAAUAAUACAGUGGAAAAGAUGCAGUGAUUAAACCUUAAAAACUGAGAAUGGCUGAACUGCUGCUGUUGGUUGGCCCUGAAAACUACCAGAGCAAUGGCAGAAGUGCUUUUUGAUCAACUGGUUCGUGUUUUGUUGCUGCAUUUGUCCCAAGACCACAGCUUUAAUCUGAAGAAAACCAAACUGCUGCAGGAUUUAUGGUGUAUUGACAUUGUGCCCUCCAUCAUAAGGGAACUGAUGGUCAGAGAGCUGUUUGUCAUAAUUUAAAAACACAGACUCUUCACUUUGACAUCUAAGUAUUUUAUCAGUUUAAAAAAAACUCACUGAAAUGUUAAACAAAACUUGCAAUAAUUUGAUAUGCGUACUAGUUUUUGAAGAUGCAUUCUUUCAUGUACGAUUUGGCAUGUUUGCGUCUUUCUGCAAAAUGUCAUGUCAACUUCCAAGUUAUGUGGCCCAUGAGUUUUCUGUACCUGCAGUGUAGUAAAAAUUAAGACAGGAACCUUCUUCUGUGGCAUACUGUCACAUCAGGUUUAAAGCAGCAAAAUAAAAUACAGCUCGGAAAUGGGAAAUGCUGUAA